CAGCAAGCAUGGCUAAGAAUUUUAAUGACAGCGAUCAGCAUUCUGUCAACUCCAGUGCAGUUAAAACUGAAAUGAUGUAAAUAAGUUGAUCAAAACAUGGCAGAUGAGGUGAUUUUGUUGGAUUUUUGGCCCAGCAUGUUUGGAAUAAGGGUCAGGGUUGCAUUGGCGGAGAAAGGAAUCAAGUAUGAGUUGAAAGAAGAGGAUUUGAGGAACAAGAGUGAUUUGCUUCUGCAGAUGAACCCAGUUUAUAAAAAGAUCCCAGUUCUCAUUCACAAUGGCAAACCCAUUUGUGAGUCAUCCAUCAUUGUGCAGUACAUUGAUGAGGUGUGGAAGGAUAAAGCUUCUUUACUUCCCUCUGAUCCUUACCGGAGAGCUCAAGCUAGCUUCUGGGUUGAUUAUAUUGAAAAGAAGGUAUUUGAUGCUGGGAGGAGGACAUGGUACACAUCAGGAGAACAGCAGGAGGCAGCAAAGAAGGAAUUCAUUGAAAUUAUUAAGCUGCUGCAAGAGCAGCUUGGAGACAAACCAUACUUUGGGGGGGAGACCCUCGGGUAUGUGGAUGUAUGUUUGAUCCCGUAUUAUUGUUGGUUUUACACAUAUGAAACCAUGGGCAAGUUUAGCUUAGAGGCAGAGUGCCCCAAAUUCAUUGCUUGGGCUAAGAGAUGCAUGCAGAUAGAGAGCAUUUCUAAGACACUUCCUGAUGAGAAGAAAGUGUUCGGAUUUUGCUUAGAGUUGAGGAAGAAAUUUGGCUUGGAGUAGAGGAACAGCACAAGGACAUGAGCAAAAUUAUAAGUACAAUUGUGUUACUAUAUCUUUCCUUGGAGAUUAUGGUUAGUUGUAUAAUGCUGCAUGUAGCGUUGAAUUUGGCUUGGAUUUUGCUUUCUCCAUGAGCCAAUGAGCCUUGUUAUAUUCAGCAUAAAUGAACUAUAACAAAAGACAGUUUAUGUACUUUUGUUUGGUUUUAACCUCUUUCGUGUUAUUGUAUAGAUCA